AUGGUGCACACUAUCUUGCAGCAAACUAUUACUCCUACCUUUUUGACUAUCUUCGUAAGCCAAGUCUCUGCUAAAUUCUGCAAUGGAGGGCAUGUUUGCUCUCCUCCAAAAGAGUGCUGCUCAUUGGGCUGUUGUUAUUUGUAUUCACAGCCAACUACUCCAGUUACCGAAAUGUUUGCUUUCUUGAUUUGGACUUAUUGGUAUUUAUGGGCAGCUAUAUUAGCAGGAUUGACACUUGCAGCAGUAUGUGGAUGCUGGCUAUGGCAACGACGUCGAUUAGGAUCAUCAGGUGAUAGUUCAAUAUCUGAUCGUGCAUCAUCAUCAUCUUUUUAUCCACCACCACACUACAGUCGUUGCAGUUCUUUUGUGCAAGCAUUGCCACCUCCGUAUAAUGAGGUAACAGCGAAACCGGAUUUGUAUCCAUUAGUAAUCGGAUUUGACGAGGGAAUGGGUAAAGGAACAUCAGGUUUUGUAAUGCGAUACUUCCGUACAUUGUCACACGCAAGUACUUUGGACUCACUCAGCUCAAGUUUUAUGUGUAAUGUAGUGAAUGAAGCUAAUACAAUUAUUCCACCUCCAUAUUCAUGCAAUAAUAGUAUCGAUGAAUUAUCAACAAUGGGGUGUGAUAGAGCAGAAAUUGGUGCUGGAGAGUCCGUUGUUUCACUUUCCAAUAAUAGAACAACCUCAGACAUAUCAAGUUUAGCGGCACAGUCGCCGUGUUCUCCACCUAGAGCUACUAGUCCAACAUUAGAAUUACGAGAAUUGUUAGAUAAAAUUCAACAAUUACCAAAUGAACAUAACAGUAAUGUGAUAAAUCACCCUCAAAAUCGGCCGCAAGUAUUACAUCCAUCAAAUAUUAAUUCAUCGUUACAAAGACCAUCGAGUCCUAGUGGUGAGUGUACAACUUCACGUAUGAGACGUGCACGAGGAAAAAUGUACAUGCCUUUAGGAUUACCCAAUUCAAGAAAUAAAUCUAAACGAUGGUUAUCACGAUCAGCGCCUACAACUCCAUCCGGCAAUAUUCCAAUGGCUUUGUUUCCUGGACAAAGUAUGAGGCCUUCAGAACAUGAUAAUUAUAAUCAACAAGUCAUACCAUUACUUUCAGAAGAAGAAACGGAUAAUAUUAAUAGUAUUGAAAAUUCACGUAAUGUUACAUUAAUAACAGAACGAGAGGAAGAAUUAUGACA